GCCAUUCCGCGCGCUCCAACUCACACUGCCCGCUGCUGGCUGCCGCAGCCACGGGAAAGAGCUUGCUGCCGACCAGCGCCGCCAUUUGACCUUCCCUCGCUCGCUGCGGCUCCGCUCGGCUUCCGGAUCCGGGGGCAGCAGCGCGGGUUUGAAUGGAUGCUGCUGCAGCCGCCGCCGCGGCGUCUGGGUUUUGGAGCGAGGGGCUCCCUCCUUGACGGAUGAGAGAGAGCGAGAGAGAACGAGUGUGCAUUCAUGGAGGUGGGUGAGAGCGCUGGGGUCCUUGUAGGGUAGAGUCCAACGUCCCUACCUGGGGCUCAAGAAUGUCCGGAAGCCGCCAGUGCUAACUGCCAUGAUGGAAGCCCUCUUCCUUAUUUCCAACAAAUGUCAUCCAGUCACACUGCACCCUGCUCAUCACACAGAACUUAAACACUAUGCUCCCAAAGAUGGCUGAGAGCGAGGAUGAGACACUACCCACUUUUGAUUUCCUAAACAAGCAGCCUUCUGGCAGAACAAGUGGUACUGCACAGCCUCUUCGAGGAGAUGAAGUAGUUGUGCUCUGCAGCUCAGAUUCUGAGGAUUCAUCUGCUGCAUCUCCUGCAUGCAAAAAGUCCUGCGCUACGCAAGAUCCCACCGGGGCUGCUGCUCAUACAGAAGUCAGGGUGGAACUCAGCAGUGACAGCGAAGAGGAGAACAUUAUACCCUUGGUUGAAAGGCUCAAGAGGAAGCUUGUGGAUGCCAAGCCUGCCACAACUGAAGUUCUGUUUACUAGAAUCCAAGAAUUGCGCAAACAAGACUCAGCUGGAGGGAACAAGUUCCAGCCAAGUGAUGAACAAGAGGCUACUGAUUGUGGCUCACUACCAAAAGCCCCAGAUGCCCAGAGAAGAGCUGCCCCCAAUACCUGGGAGCUGUCCGAUAGUGACCCAGAAGUGGAUCCAUCGGAUUCAAUGAAUCAGCCUUUGCACCAACCUCCAGUUUGUGUCUCUAACUGCUCAGUGCCAAAUAGUGACUGCCGGGUGGCAGAGAUAAGCCUCAGACCCUUCCCUCUUCAGACCAAAAAAAAGCGCAGCCAGGAGGAAAUUGACAAAGCCCGCCAGGCUGCCCUGAAGAGGAGAAAAGACCAAGAAACUCGGAAAAUGCUGCAAGAGCAGGAAAGGGAGAGGAAGAAAGCACUUGCCAACCAGCAGAAGGCCCAGAAGCCAGGAGAGUGCCUGAAAUAUAUUCAGGUAGUGCUGGAUCCAGGUCUUUUACAGGUAGAUGGUGGCGGACAGGUGCUUACCACUCUGCAGUCCAUGGAGUGUAGCUGUGUGAUUGAGAGCCAUGUUGUUCCCCACAGUAUCACCUGGAGAAGGAAAACUGGGCUCACUCAGGCUGAAGAAGACAACUGGGUAGAAGAACCCAACAUCCUAGUUCUGCUGCUGCUAGAAGAAUUUAUCUCCAUGAUUCAUAACUAUAAGCAGGUUAGUGAGGAAGUACCUGCUGAGACCCUGCAGAGCUUUGUGGCGAAUAUCAUGAAGAUAUCCCCUGGGAAAACACUGGCGCUGGUUGUCAUUGAACUAGAAAAAUAUUUCAGUUCUCACAAGCACAAGUCACAGAAGAAACCACAGCAGAGUGGUAGCGGGGCACUGGAGCAGGGCAAACAAAGGAACCGGAGAGGAAAGGGCCAUUCGCCCCCGGCAUUAUCCAGGGUGGAUGUGGAAGAGGCCUUAGUGGCUCUGCAGCUUCACACGGGCAUCCAGGUUCGAGUCCUUGAGAGCUGGAAAGAGUUUGGUGACUUUGCCAGCAUGUUCACUAAGGCUGUAGCUGAAGCACCAUUCAAAAGGGCACGAGAUAAAACAAGCUUUUCCUUCUGCCUGGAGGGAGACUGGAGUGGCGGUAUGAAGGUAGACCGCUCUGGAAAGGGGCUGCUGCAGGUCUGGAAAAGGCAGAUUCAGCAGCUUAACCGGGUCAGUUUAGAGAUGGCCAAUGCCAUUGUGGCCAAGUACCCUUCUCCUCUGCUUCUGGUGAAGGCCUAUGGUACCUGCUCUACUGAACAGGAGCGACAAAACCUUCUUGCAGAGAUACCUGUUCGCCGUGGUGAUGGGGUGACUGCCACUACAAGGCGGGUUGGUCCAGAGCUCUCGAAACGGAUAUAUUUACAGAUGACUUCCAGCAAUCCUGACCUUUCCCUGGAUGUUACUGGGUGACCCCAAAAUAUGUAAAUUACUCUGCUCAAACUAACUAACUUAUUUGGAGGAGAAAAACAUUCAGUGUGUCUGAAAAUAUUCACAUAACUGUUGUUUGGAUUUUGGAAAGAAGAAGGGCCUUAUUCCUACACAGCAACUGAGUCCUCCUUAGCCAACAUGAACAAAUGGAAAGCUGUAGUCAUCUUCUUGUGCUACUCCUGAAAAGAUGGCUUUCUUUUUGGCAACAGAUUAUCCACAUUUAUUAGCACAAACAGCAAUAGCACUAUCCCUAAGCAAUACCCCACUGAUUUUAACAUGCGUGCUAAGGAAGAUGUAUGAAUUGUGCAACUUUGUCACCAUAGCACAGACCAUGGAUUUAAAGCUGAUUUUGUCCAAUUGGCUGCUGUGAAGAAGCUUGAGUUUAGAACUGUCCACAUGCCAAAACAGAAGCAUAAUAUUCUCUCAUUCUACAGACGAGAAGUCCUAAAUAAACAUAUGCGCUUUGCAAUGA